UAUGCUUGACCUCUAAGCAAAAACCAAUAAAGAAAUUUGGCAAGCUAAAAAAUUAUUGUAUGAAAGUGAUGGAAACACUAAAAAAAGCUUAAUUGUUAAUUUAGUUGCUUUGGUAAAUAAAUGAAAUGAUCUUAAGGGAUUAUUAUGUAUUUUGCUUUUUUACAGCAUUGUAGGUUCAGAUGAUAAAUGGACUUGUGAGAUCGAAUCUGCUAAUAAUAGUAAUAUUAAUCAUCUAUACAUUUAAAGGAGGUCAUUAUAUUUGUGUUGAAAUGAGAAGAACAAUGAAUUGUAAAACUAUCAGUGGACCAAUAAGAUCUGAAAUAUUCUUGAAAGUUAAGAAAGAUCUUCAAGCAAGUGCUAUAGUAAUUUAUUAAUUAUAUUUAAGAUUGAAUGCCCUUGGGAAAUUGCUAUUUCAGAGAUUAGAUUAUGCUUUAUAUUAUUAUCAAUAUCUAGUGUACUCAUUGGAAUUUAUGCAUUGAGAAAAACAAAUAAAAAAUAUGCUGAAUUAAGUUUUCAAAUUGGAAUAUCAUUUGCAAUUCUUUUAGUAUUUAUUUUUAUUAAUAAUAUUUUAGUUAAUAUCUGCAUAUUUUGAUUAUGUUUCAAUUAGAACUUCUCAAAUAAAUAAUUAUAAUCUAUGUAAUUUAUAAGAAGAGUUUUAAAUUGAAGAGAAAAUGAAAGUAAUAAAUCAAUAUAUUAAAUAUUUUUAGGGAUAAAUGGAAUGCUCAUUUUCAUUUUAUAAUUUUACUGUGAUUUUAGAAAUAGCAUGUUCUGUGGCAAUGAUAGUAAAUUCUAUUUACAUAAAUUAAUGGAGAUACAAAUAGAUUACAGAACUUAAUGAUUAGUUGUGA